AUGGCGGAUCCAGCUGAAUGCAGCAUCAAAGUGAUGUGCCGGUUCCGGCCCCUCAACGAAGCGGAGAUUCUCCGAGGGGACAAAUUCAUCCCCAAAUUUAAAGGCGAUGAGACCGUGGUGAUUGGGGUAAGUCCAUAUGUCUUCGAUAGAGUGCUGCCUCCCAGCACGACCCAAGAGCAGGUUUACAAUGCGUGUGCAAAGCAAAUUGUCAAAGAUGUCCUUGAAGGUUAUAAUGGGACGAUUUUUGCGUACGGACAGACCUCAUCAGGAAAAACGCACACCAUGGAGGGGAAGCUACAUGACCCUCAACUCAUGGGGAUCAUCCCAAGGAUUGCACAUGACAUCUUUGACCACAUCUAUUCCAUGGAUGAAAACCUGGAGUUUCACAUCAAGGUUUCCUAUUUUGAGAUCUACUUGGACAAAAUCAGGGACUUACUCGAUGUGUCCAAGACGAACUUGGCUGUCCAUGAAGAUAAAAACAGAGUCCCGUACGUAAAGGGGUGUACCGAGCGGUUUGUGUCAAGCCCCGAGGAGGUCAUGGAUGUGAUAGAUGAAGGCAAAGCAAACCGACACGUGGCUGUCACAAACAUGAAUGAACACAGCUCUAGAAGUCACAGUAUCUUCCUGAUUAAUAUUAAACAAGAGAAUGUAGAGACCGAAAAAAAGCUCAGUGGGAAGCUUUAUCUAGUUGAUUUGGCUGGGAGCGAAAAGGUCAGCAAGACCGGUGCCGAGGGGGCUGUUCUCGAUGAAGCUAAAAAUAUCAAUAAAUCUUUGUCUGCUCUUGGAAAUGUGAUCUCUGCCUUGGCAGAAGGGACAAAAACACACGUGCCAUACCGGGACAGCAAGAUGACUCGGAUUCUUCAGGACUCUCUGGGUGGGAACUGUAGAACCACCAUUGUUAUUUGCUGUUCUCCCUCUGUCUUCAAUGAGGCUGAGACCAAGUCAACACUGAUGUUUGGGCAAAGGGCUAAGACCAUCAAGAAUACAGUCUCGGUGAAUCUGGAACUGACAGCGGAAGAAUGGAAGAAGAAAUACGAAAAAGAGAAGGAGAAAAACAAGACUCUGAAGAACGUUAUCCAGCAUCUGGAGAUGGAGCUAAACAGAUGGAGAAACGGAGAAGCUGUGCCUGAGGAUGAACAGAUCAGUGCUAAGGACCAGAAGACCCUGGAGCCCUGUGAUAACACCCCCAUCAUAGACAAUAUUGCUCCUGUUGUUGCUGGCAUCUCUGCAGAGGAGAAGGAGAAGUAUGAUGAGGAGAUCUCCAGUCUCUACAGACAGCUGGAUGAUAAGGAUGAUGAAAUUAACCAGCAGAGCCAGCUGGCUGAAAAGCUAAAGCAACAGAUGUUGGAUCAGGACGAGCUUCUGGCUUCCACGAGAAGAGACUAUGAGAAGAUCCAGGAAGAGCUGACACGUCUCCAGAUUGAGAAUGAAGCAGCCAAGGAUGAAGUGAAGGAAGUUCUCCAGGCCCUAGAAGAGCUGGCUGUCAAUUAUGACCAGAAGUCUCAGGAAGUGGAGGACAAGACCAGGGCCAAUGAGCAGCUGACUGAUGAGCUGGCCCAGAAAACGACGACAUUGACAACCACACAGAGGGAGCUGAGCCAGCUACAAGAGCUUAGCAACCACCAGAAAAAGAGGGCUACUGAGAUCCUGAAUUUGCUGUUGAAGGAUCUGGGGGAGAUAGGUGGAAUUAUCGGCACCAAUGAUGUGAAGACUGUAAACGUGAAUGGAGUCAUUGAGGAGGAAUUCACCAUGGCCCGCCUGUACAUCAGCAAGAUGAAGUCGGAGGUCAAAUCCCUGGUGAAUCGUAGCAAGCAGCUCGAGAAUGCCCAGAUGGACUCCAACAGGAAGAUGAGUGCCAGCGAGCGGGAACUGGCAGCGUGUCAGCUGCUCAUCUCCCAGCAUGAAGCCAAGAUCAAAUCCCUGACAGACUACAUGCAGAACAUGGAACAGAAGAAGAGGCAGCUGGAAGAGUCCCAAGACUCGCUCAGUGAAGAGCUGGCCAAGCUCCGGGCCCAAGAAAAAAUGCACGAAGUCAGCUUCCAGGAUAAGGAGAAGGAGCAUCUGACGCGGCUGCAGGACGCGGAGGAGAUGAAGAAGGCCCUGGAGCAGCAGAUGGAGAGCCACCGGGAAGCUCACCAGAAGCAGCUGUCCAGACUUCGGGAUGAAAUCGAGGAGAAGCAGAAAAUCAUCGAUGAGAUUCGGGAUUUGAAUCAGAAGCUGCAACUGGAACAGGAGAAGCUCAGUUCUGAUUAUAACAAGCUAAAGGUGGAGGACCAGGAGAGGGAAAUGAAACUGGAAAAGCUCUUAUUGCUCAAUGAUAAAAGGGAACAAGCCAGAGAGGACCUCAAAGGGCUGGAGGAGACAGUGUCUCGGGAGCUGCAGACUCUGCAUAACCUCCGGAAACUCUUUGUCCAGGAUCUGACUGCCCGAGUUAAAAAGAGCGUGGAGCUGGACAGCGAUGAUGGAGGGGGCAGUGCUGCCCAGAAGCAGAAAAUUUCCUUCCUGGAGAAUAACCUGGAGCAGCUCACGAAGGUUCACAAACAGCUGGUCCGGGACAACGCCGACCUGCGCUGCGAGCUGCCCAAGCUGGAGAAGCGGCUGCGCGCCACGGCGGAGCGUGUCAAGGCCCUGGAGAGCGCGCUGAAGGAGGCCAAGGAGAACGCCAUGCGGGACCGCAAGCGCUACCAGCAGGAGGUGGAUCGCAUCAAGGAGGCUGUGCGAGCCAAGAACAUGGCCAGGAGGGCCCACUCUGCCCAGAUCGCCAAGCCCAUUCGCCCUGGACACUACCCAGCAUCGUCUCCGACGGCCGUCCACACCAUCCGAGGGGGAGGAGGCGGCUCUUCAAACUCCACUCACUACCAGAAAUAAAUAUGAAGUGAGUCCCUGG